AUUCGAUACCAUAAAUAAAUAUAUAUUUUUGGGGACGAAAGAAAUAAAAUUCAGUCGAUGCCAUUAUGUCACAUUGACGGACAGUUAUUCAUCGAUCUGGAAUUGCCAAAUAGCGGAAACUGCAAGGAAAGUCUUAACUGUUAAAGAAGCUUAAUUGAAGGGGAAAUGCAAGUGGAAAGAUUUUUGGAAAAGAACAUCCCGCUGAUAAGUAGUUCCUUCACAUUAACACUAGAUAUAACGGCAAUAACAAUAAGAAAAUUUCCUAAACGAUCUAUAUCCAUAUAUCGUUAUCGCUAUCGAUAUCGAUAUCGCCAAAAAGCGCAUCAUAAAGAUAUAUUGAGAUUCUUUGAGGUUGAGGUUGAGGCAUUUGCAUUAGCAUUCAGAAUCACAGUUACUGUGAUGGCUUCAAAUGUGGAGACUGAUGACAAUCUGGCAACGCCGAACCACCAACCAGCAUCGUCACCAACAGCAGCAGCAGCAGCAGCAUCAGCUUCAGCAGAGAUAUCGUUGGCAGAUCGAACAAGCAGCGACAUCAUUAGUGAUAAUAAUAGGCCAUAUAAGAAUCAUAAGAAAUCGCAUGAUCCUGAUCCUGCAACAGUUGAUCACAAACGAAAGAGAUUUGCAAAGGGAAACAGCAAUAGUGAUAAAAGUACAGAGGAGAAUGGGGAGGAUGGUGAUGAUGGCGAUGGCGAUGGCGAUGGCGAUGACAACGGGGAGGAAAAAGAGGAGCAGGAGGAACGGGUGGAAAAUCAAGGAAUGGAGAAGGACGAUCAUGCGAUCAUCAGUCCGGAUCGAAAUGUUAAAUGUGAACCGCUCCAGCCUACCGAAAUAAUGAAUAUGAAUGAUGAUAUUGUCGAUAACUCUGACAACAACAGUAAAAAGACUGUGCUCAGCAGCAGCGAUUAUUGCGAUCGGUUAUCGGGAUCGGGAUCGGCAUCGGCAUCGGAAUUUGAACCGACUGCUCGCAAAGAAGAUGAAGACUCGAUUGCAAUUUCAAUAUCGGAUCGUAUUGGUUCAUAUACGCCGACAGAUGAUACAUAUAUUGCGCCUGAGCAGGCGCUAGUGACGAGUGUCGAGUUGGUUGUUCCUGCGCCAGGAUCAGCAACAGGAACAGUAUCAGCAACAGGAACCACAACAGUUUCAGCUGUACAUUUUAAUGCAAAUGCUUCUGAUAAUUUAAAUGAUAAAACCAAUGGUUGUGCAACAGACUCCUCCUCCAGUUUGAAUGUGAGAAUUCCUAAUAAUUUAGCAUUAACAACAACAACAGCAACAGCAACAACGGGUGAUAUUUUGACAACAGACAACAGGCGUACAACAACAACAACAACUGGAACAACUGCAACCAUCUGGGCACCGCAUGGUGAAUAUAAAGAUGCGACUAAUCCAGUGGAGAGAAUCUCACAGAUUGAUGAGAAUCUCUAUGCGAAACAGGAGCGAUUGCAUCUAAGCACUGAUAUUGAUCAAACUAGCUAUCAAUCGGAUAUAUAUCGCACUCAUCAGCAGCACCAACAACACCAGCAACAUCAACAACACCAGCAACAUCAACAACAACACGAACAAACACAUCCCGCCGAACUUUUAUUGCAAAUCGAAAAGGAAGCAACUGGAUCAAUUGGUUUUGGACAAAUGUUGCCAACAUUGCAACAUCAUCAUCAUCAAAAUUUAGCACAACAGCAUUUUGGUCAACAGCAACAACAGCAACAACAGCAACAUCAACAACAACAACAACAACAGAUGCCACAAUUACAUCAAAAUCAACUGCAAAGCACAAUGUAUGCACAAAUGCUACAGCAGCAACAGCAACACCACCAACAGCAGCAGCAGCAACAGCAACAUCAGCAACACCUCCAACAACAGCAGCAACAGCAACAACAUCUUCAUAACUUACACCAGCAAAAUAUUCAUGAGCAAUCAAUUCAUUAUGCGAAUUACGGUCAACAUUAUUCUCAUGAUCAGUUAUUUGCCAUGCAUCAACAUCAGCAACAUCAGCAACAUCAACAACAUCCACAACAGCAACAACAACAACAGCUGCUUCAUCAAACGCCUCAGCAACAUCAGGAGGAAUGUCAGGCACAUUUACAACAGCAACAAAGAGUUCCUCAUCCGCAACAACAACAACAGCAACAACAACAAAUGCAGGAAGCUUAUCAUGAUCUUAUGAUGGAUGAGUUUCAUGAGGAUCCCAGCGCAGCCUAUAAACUAACCCUGUCGCCAAAUAAUGCAAAGCCGGAGAAUCAAGACGAUGGCUAUGAAACGAGUGCCGGCGAUGUUUUGACGCCCAAUUCACAUAGUUCGUCGAUUCAUUCGGUGACACCGCAACAUCAAAUGCAGCAUGGUAAUCUUGGACUCGUUACUCAGAAUCAGAACAAGCAGGAAGAGUUGAUUGGAUCACAGAAUCCAAAUCCGAAUCAGAAUCUCAAUCAAAAUCAAGCAGAUCCAUCAACAUCGAAUAGUCCGCAGGUUCAAGCAUCAGAUGCUCUUGGGCAUAUUUCAAUCGCACAAAGGGACAAUGGCAAUAAUGUAGGUGUUGGCUUAAUGAAUGAUCCCUAUAGUUUCAUGGGUGAGGAGAUGCAUAUGUUAUCUCCAGAUGGUCACCGUGCGAAUGAUGUCACAUCAUCCACUUCCAAUGUCUCAAACUAUACACCUACAUCAGUUUCCGUGCCAGGAUCCUCAUCAAUAUCCGGAUUAGGAACAGAAUCUAUACCGGCUACGGCAUCAGUAUCCGAAUCAGGCCCAACCGGAGAUAUGAAACAAUCGAACGAUAUUUACACGGCAAAGCAUCAGCAGCAACAAUUGCUGUCGCAGCAACAGCAGCCACAAUCUCAACAACAACAACAUCUGCCAAGCAACGAAUCCUUUGUAGAUUCCCAUGAUUUGGAAAGCAGUAGGCAAUCACUUGAUGCCGACAACUCGAAUAGCGACUUGAAUCCCAGAUCAAUCCCUGGAACUGGACCUGGACCGGUACCUGGACCUGUACCUGGACCUGGACCUGGACCUGGACCUGGUCCAGUGCCAAAGCGAAGGGGUCGCAAGAAAAAGAUAGUUGCUGGCAACAGCAUGCAAAUGGAAGUUGCUGCACAAUGCGCUGACAAUGAUUGUGGCAGCAGGAAUCUGAUGACUGGUGAUAUAUUGGCUAUGAAACCAAAGGAACGAAAGAAGCACGAUCGAUUUAAUGGCAUGUCCGAGUCGGAGGUCAUUAAGCGAACAAUUCCCGAUCAUCUGUGUGAUAAUCUAGAUAUCGUUAUAGUUGGCAUUAAUCCCGGUCUGUUCGCGGCGUACAAGGGACAUCAUUAUGCUGGGCCUGGUAACCAUUUCUGGAAGUGUCUCUAUUUAUCGGGACUCACGCAGGAGCAAAUGAGUGCCGACGAUGAUCACACGCUAUUGAAGCAUGGCAUUGGAUUCACCAAUAUGGUGGCACGUGCCACCAAAGGAUCUGCGGAUCUCACACGCAAGGAAAUCAAAGAGGGAAGUCGCAUUCUCCUCGAAAAGCUUCAACGCUAUCGUCCCAAAGUAGCUGUCUUCAAUGGCAAAUUGAUAUUCGAAGUAUUUUCUGGCAAAAAGGAGUUCCAUUUCGGUCGUCAGCCCGAUCGUGUCGAUGGCACCGAUACUUAUGUUUGGGUAAUGCCCUCAUCAUCGGCGCGCUGUGCGCAGUUGCCUCGGGCAGCGGACAAAGUUCCAUUUUAUGCAGCUCUGAAAAAGUUUCGGGACUUUCUUAAUGGCCAAAUACCGCAUAUGGAUGAAUCGGAGUGCGUUUUCACGGAGCAGAGGAUUCGGCAAUGCUGUGAACAGCAGCAGGAGCAGCCUCUCAAGGCAUUGUCAUUGACCAAUCCCAAUGAUAAUCAAAAUACCAAUGCAAAUAUUAUAGAUCAACAUAGGUCUGGGGGAGAACAGCAAUCUAGUCUUAUGUUUGGCGAUAAUAUCGAUAAUAAUAUUGAAGCUGUCACCGAGUUUAAUUCAAAUCUAUCAACUGUGAUGCCACGUGAUGGAUUCAACUACGAUGAUGCCAUGAGAAUGGGAACACAGACAAAUUAUUUGUCUGUAUUUGCGAAUCAACAGCAACAGGCGCCACCGGAGAAAAAGAAACGUGGGCGACCGAAGAAGAUCAAGGAGCAGGAAAUGAUAACACCGGGAGGAGGAGGAGUCGGAGGCGGAAAUAAGAUGUCAUCCCUCGGUGGUCAACAAAUGCCGCAGCAUGAUUUUAAUAAUAUUUUAAAUUUAUCAAUGAUGGCAGCAACGGGUAGCGCAGGAGGAGGAGGAGGCGGAGGAGUUGGAGUUGGAGGCGGAGUUGGUGAAACGCCGACGAAAAAGAAACGAGGCAGACCGAAGAAACUAAAGCCGAGCAUGGAAAAUAUGCUGCCGACGGCAAGUACAGUGAAAUCGCAUCCGGAGGCGCAGACAGGAGGAGGCACACAUAUGUCCAUGCUCAGCAUGGAGCACACAGCAUCGCCACAGGGCAGCCAUCAGGCGCCACCCAGUCUGUAUAAUACACCGCCUCCAUCUCACAUAUUGUACACGGCCUCGGCAUCGCCAAUGGCAUCGCCUGCUCUCAAUUGCAACUACGCCCACUCGCAUGGAACUCCGCCAGUUACCGGGACAGUGACAGGUGGUGGACAGGUGGAUCAAGUUGGACAGGUGAUUGGAACAACAACAGCGACGGCUGUCAGAGAGCAACCGCAUCUGGGUGAAACACCGCCGCCCAGUUCACCCAAUAUGUGUGCAGUUGUGGACUUUGAGCCACCCAAUCCGGAACAGGAACUGACUCCUGUUCCAGGUGGAGCAGCCGGAGCAGCAGCACGUGAUGAGCAUUAUCAGCAGUGGUUGUCACCCAACCAGCAACAUCAGUUAUCCGGGUCAAAGUCGCCUGUUGCUGUUGCAAUUCCUGCAAUCACACACUAUCCACACUAUCCGACGGAACAGCAUACGGCAGAGCAUUCACAGCAUUGGCAGCGAUAUGAUGAGCACAACCAGAGCAGAAGCUAUAUGUUGACAUCACCGCAUACCCAGCAGCAACAUGCCCAGCAGCAGGUGCAACAACCCCAGCAGCAACACAUGAGCAAUAAUCAGAGUCAUGUUAUUACGGAUGUGUCACGGAAAAGUCUGUCCGGCUUAGAGUCGCUGGUGGAUCAAAUACCAUCGAUAAGUGAACACGAAUCGAAUGCAAUUUCAUCAGCAACAGCUGCAGCAGCAGCAGCAGCUGUCGAGAAUCGUUUAUUGGGAUUGCAACAGCAGCAACAACAGCAACAAAAGCGUUGUCUGCCGCAUGAGGAGAAUGAGGCACAGUCAGAGACCAGCAGCAACAACAACAGCAAUGUUAUCAACAACAAUUUCAGCGUCAGCAAUUUGGCGGCAUCUGCAGCAACAGGAACAGCAACAACAUCGAGCGAUAACAGCAGCAACAACAGGGCAGAAAAUGGAAUUGGUAUUGGCAUAGGUCUUGGAAUUGGGAUUAACAACAGUAAUAGUAAUAGUGGAGGAGGAGCAGCUGGAUAUCCUAGUCAUAGUUCAUCCGGUUAUCCGCAUCCACAUGCCAAUCAUUUGAUUAACGCCGCUUUAGUAGCAGCAACUGCUGCCGGCAACACUCAAGCCUCCUCACAACAUCAUAUGCCAUCACCGCAUCCACAUCCACAUCCCCAUCCUCAUCCGCAUCCACAAAUGUACAUGGAACAUGCGCAUUUAACAUCGCAUAUGGCUGUUAAUCCCAUGUAUGGAACACCUUAUGGAUCACAGCAUGCGGCAACUAGUCCCGACUAUGCUCAUGGAUCACCCUAUGGUGUACAGGGUGCCACUGCUGGUGCUGGGGGAGCAACGUUGCAUGUGCCAAGUCCUAAUUAUCCGUAUGCACACUACGGUCAUACGGCAGCGCAGAGUAACUAUCCGGGUUUCGCACAUGCACAUCCGCAUCCACAUCCACAUCCACAUCCACAUGGACAUCCACAUCCACAUGCUCAUCAUCCACAUCCUCAUGCUCAUCAUCCACAUCAUCAUGGCCAUACACCGCAUCAUUUGAGCGUCUUUGAGCGACUCAAGCCGUCCGACAUAAGCGGGUACAGCGGAUUCUGAUGACAGUAACAGCAACAGUAAUCACUAAAUUAUAUACCCAGCCCUGUCCCGCCGUUGCCGUCGCCGUCGCGCUCUGCAAUAUUCAGCAAUCUCCGGUUUUAUGCCGUUUAUACAUUUUUUAUAGUUUAUCUUAAUAUAUUUAACGAGUAAAUAAGAUAACCAAAGACUCCGCCUAAUAAAUUUAUUUGAUAAGCAUACAAAUCUGAAAAAAACAUGGAACAUUAUCAUUAAUUACACUUGCAUAUGUAUAUGUUAACAUCAACUAAUAUAAAUUUAUAAUACUAUGUAUGUAUGUAGAUUGAUUGCUCUUUUAUAUGGUAGUACUCUUGUGUACAAACAAAUCUAACCAAUAAUCUUUAUUCUACAAUAAUAUAAUAUUAUAAAAUACCGAAUUACUUAACAACAAGAACACAUACAUAAUACGUACAUUCAUUCGAUCGAUUCGAUUUAUCUCAAUAGACUCGAAAGUUAAGAAGUUA